CCAGCCCCCGUUCGUUCCUAUGAAGUCCGCCUUUGGAGUCGAAGCAGCACGGUGGAGCCGUGGGGUCAACUCGACAUGAUGCCACAAGCCUCUGUGUGACCUCCUGAGCGUUUCCUUCUGCUUUCAUGACAUUCUGGCUCCAUUCCUAUGGGUUAGGGUUAGGUCCAGCCUCAGGGAACGUUUGUCUCAGUAAGGUGUGCUGUUACCUGCCCACGUAUGUUCAUACUUUGGGUGCAGCAGCAGAAGAAGAAUCCACCAGGGAACAGAAUUUAUCACAUUGAACCAGACAUCAGUACAACAUGAUCUUCAUCUUCAUCAUUCUUCUUCCAGCAGCUCAGCUUCAAGACCCUCGGGAUCUUCAAGACCAGUGCUCUGGCAGAUCCUGUAACCCUCAGCUGGGAGACCUGAUGGUGGGUCGAGCUGCUCAGCUCUCUGCCUCGUCAACGUGCGGUCUGGAUGAACCACAGAAGUACUGCAUCAUCGGAUACCUUGAGGAGGAGCAGAAAUGUUUCACGUGCGACUCUCGUCUGCCGCACCAUGACCACAGCAACCCGAACAGCCACCGCGUUGAGAACAUCAUCGCGACCUUUAACCCCGAGAGAAAAAUGAAGUGGUGGCAGUCGGAGAACGGAGUUCAUCAGGUCAGCAUCCAGUUAGAUUUGGAGACGGUGUUCCAGUUCAGUCACCUGGUUCUCACCUUCAAGAGUUUCCGUCCAGCGGCCAUGUUGGUGGAGCGCUCAAAGGAUUUUGGACGAACUUGGAAAGUUUUCCGUUACUUUGCAGAAGAUUGUUCGCUUCAUUUCCCUUCUGUGCCCAGUGGACCGGCCAGAAGCAUCGAUGACGUCGUCUGUGAUGGCAGAUACUCCGGCUCAGAGCCGUCCACUGAUGGACAGGUGGUGCUGAAAGCGCUGGACCCCAUCUUUGAAAUACAAAACCCAUAUGCACCAAACAUCCAUGAUCUGAUCACUCUGACUAACAUUCGAGUGAACUUCACUCGUCUCUUCACGCUCGGCGACACUCUGCUGAGUCGAAGACGCAGAAACCCUCUGGACAAAUAUUACUACGCUCUUUACAACAUGGUGGUCCAAGGGAGCUGCUUCUGUAACGGACACGCCAGCUGGUGUAUGCCUGUGGACGGAGGACGAGGGGACAUCUUCACCCAGACUGGCAUGGUUCACGGUCGUUGUGUUUGUCAUCACAACACGGCUGGAGAGAACUGUGAGAGAUGUCAGGACUUUCACCACGACUCCCCCUGGAGGCCUGGAGGAGAAGGCACAGCUGACAUCUGCAGAAGGUGCAACUGUCACGGUCACUCGGACUCAUGUCACUUUGACGCGGCUCGUUUCGAAGCGACAGGCGGCGUGAGCGGUGGCGUGUGCGACAACUGCCGCCAUGACAGGACGGGGCCUCAGUGCGAAAAGUGUCGACCUUUUCUGUAUCAGGAUCCAGAGAGAGCGAUGGACGACCCGCGUGCCUGCAUAUCCUGUGACUGCGACCCACUUGGCUCUCAAGGUGCCGGCCUUUGUGACGCUCUGAGUGGUCGAUGUCUCUGCAAAGAGAAUGUGGAGGGUCGACGCUGCGAUCGCUGCAAACACGGCUUCUUCAAUCUGAGACAGGACAACCCAGCCGGCUGUCAGGAGUGCAGGUGUCAUGUCUUGGGAAGCAUUGGGUCAUGUGAUCAGCUGACAGGAAGCUGUGAAUGUGACCGUUUGGCAAGCGGGCCGCUGUGUGAUCGAUGUCUGCCAGGUUUCUGGGGUUUGGGAAACUCUGCGUUCAGAUGCUCACCGUGCGACUGUGACAUCGGAGGAGCUCGCAGCACCACGUGUUCUCCAGAGGACGGACAGUGUCACUGUUUACCAAACAUGAUUGGUCGGCGAUGCUCUGACCCCUCCCCUGGGUACUUCCUACCUCUACUGGACUACUUCCUCUACGAGGCGGAGGUUGCUGCCCUGCUGCUCGGAGGAAGCUCUCCUACUAAUACUCCAUCAUCAUCUUCUCUGUUGAAUCCAGUGGUUUUACCACAGUGUGAGCAGUACUUCAGAGAGCAGGGUUUCGACUUUAAAUUCACUAAUGGACGAGUUGUACUGGUUCGGAGGACUCGUAGACAUGCCCGCCGGAGGAGACAGGGACAGGAGACCAGCAUCCCUCUGGCCCCAGGCCACGCCCUACAGAUCAUUCCUCGUCAGAGGACACCUGAUCAGCCGAUUACCUGGACUGGCCUAGGAUUGGUCAGAGUGUUGGAGGGGGCGGGUCUUCGGUUCACCGUGGACAACUUGCUGUCAUCAAUGGAUUACCAGCUGGUGAUUCGCUACGAGCCGGAGUCUCCGUCUGAUUGGCUGGCUUCAGUCAGAAUCAUCAUGCUGUCACCAGGUGAUGGCCGCUGCAGCAGCGACCCAACAGGAAGUAAAACUUUGAUUCUUCCUGGAAACUCCAGAGGAGGUGUGCUGGACGCUGCAGUGUGUCUGAAUGCAGGAGGCCGGUACUUUGUGGACGUCGUCUUUACCAAACAGCCCGGAUCGGAUGGGUCACACAUCUUGAUCGACUCGAUGGGUCUGAUUCCCAGCGUCGAGUCUGUCCAGAAUUUCUGCUCUGAGAGUGACCUCCAGUCUUUCCAACGCUUUCGCUGCAUCGGAUUGGCUGCUGAGCUCGACCCACAGGAGCCAGUACCACCGGCCUGCGAGGGGCUCAUCAGGAGCAUGUCGGCCCGAAUCCACAACGGAGCUGUUCUUUGCAGGUGUAAUGCUGUCGGCUCCAUCGGACCGUCCUGCAGUAAACUGGGCGGCCUCUGUGAGUGUAAACCCAACGUGAUUGGUCGUUGCUGUGACACCUGCGCACCCAUGACAUUUGGCUUCGGACCCGACGGCUGCAAAUUGUGUGCGUGCGACCGUCGGGGUUCGGUGUCGGAGCUGUGCGAUCAGGUCACAGGUCGGUGUGCGUGUCGUUCAGAGGUGACGGGGCGACGCUGUGACCGCUGCCGCACGGGACUCUGGGGUUUCCCGCUCUGUCGAGCCUGUGAAUGUCAGGGACUGUCAGACGUGUGCGACGAGCAGACUGGAGAAUGUGUGAACUGCAGAGAGCACGCCACCGGACCGCACUGCGACAGGUGUGUGGAGGGUUACUACGGUGACCCAGUGUCCAAACAGCCCUGUCAGCCCUGCUUGUGUCCAGACGUCCAGAACAGUGGACGAUUCUUUGCCACUUCCUGCCACCGCAACCCACAAUCCCUCAGCCUGACUUGCAACUGCAGGGAGGGGCACACAGGUCCACACUGCGACAGAUGCAGCCCCGGUUUCUAUGGCGACCUGACUUUGCCAGGCUCCGGCUGCGAGAAAUGUUCGUGCAACAACAACAUUGACCCCGGCGACCGUGAUGCCUGUGAUGGCCUGACGGGCGAGUGUCUGCGCUGCCUGCACAACACCAUGGGACCGAACUGCCAGAGCUGUAGACCUGGUUACUACGGCAACGCCCUGGUCCAAGACUGCAAAGAAUGCUCCUGUGACAGGCGGGGGACGGAGGUGACUAAGUGUCCUCUGGGAAGUCCCUGUUUCUGCAAUCCGAGGAUGGGACAGUGUCCCUGCAGGAGGGGCGUAGUGGGAGUCCUCUGCGAUGAGUGUGAAGACGGAUACUGGAACCUGGAUGGACCGUCGGGAUGCCAGCCCUGCGGCUGUGACCCCGUGAACGCUUUCUCCAACGUCUGCAACAAGGUGACGGGACAGUGUCCGUGUCGUCCUGAGUUUGGAGGGAGACAGUGUGAUGAAUGUGGAGAAAAUCACUUUGGGAAUGCAGACCUGCAGUGUAUCUCGUGUGACUGUAACUUGGAGGGAACCGAGCGUCCGUCAUGUGACGCUGAAACCGGUGAGUGCAUCUGUCGACCUGGCGUCACCGGUAUCUUCUGUGACGAGUGCGCCGCCGGCUACAGCUCGGCGUUCCCGGCCUGCGAGGAGUGCCACCCCUGCGCCGCCCUCUGGGCCGAAAACGUCACCGAUGUCCAGCGAGCCGCCCAGAGGAUGAGAACCUUCGUCCCUCGCCGCACCGAUGACCCGCGGUCUGGAAACGGUCGCCACCGGCAACAGAUGCUGGAGAUGCACUCCAAGCUGGACAGCCUCACCAACCUGACAGGACUCUCCCAGCAGAAGGUGGAGAAGGUGGAGAAACUGUGUGUGAAGAUUGAGAAGCUGAAAGGUGCCAUCGACCCGAACGUGAUCGUGAUCGAUCCGUCUCCUCUCCUCAACACUGAAAUCCACAACAUUCGUCUGGAGUUCAAGAAGCUGCUGAACAUCAUGAAGAAGAAACUGAUCAGGGACGCAGAGGACGAAGAAGGAGACGUGGAAGAGCUGCUCGAUCGGAUCCGGAAGCUUCAUAAAGAUUUCAUGUCAGACGAGAAGAGGGUGCGAAACGCCAGCGAAGCGUUAGAGGACUCCAUGGACACGAGGAGUGAGGUCAAACACAAACUGAGCACGUGCAGCAACAGAGGAGACCUGGCUCUGCUGGAGAAGCGGGUCCGAGAGCUCAGUGUGCUCUACCUCCGCCGAAAGGUCUGUGGAGGACCAGGACCUGAGGACUGUUCAGGAUGCGGUGCAGCUCCGUGCGGUCGGGGUCUGGAGGGCGGGACAUGUGCUCCUGACUGUGAUGGAGCAUUUCCUGUCAGUCAGAAAGCUUCAGAAACAGCAGAGGGAGCGAAGGACCAACUCAUCAGGCUCAGCUCCAGACUGGAGGACUCCAAGAACAAGCUCAGCGACGCCAAGCAGGCAGCUCAGGACAUCAAAGACCGGGCCAAAGACCUGCAGGACCGGAUCAGUGACAAACUGGACUCCUUCAUGAGAGAGAAGAACAGAACCAGGGAGCUCAUCCAGCGAAUCAGAGCCUACCUGAUGGAUGAGAUGGUUCCUCCAGAAGACAUCGAGAAAACAGCCCGAGCUGUUCUGAGCAUCCAGCUGCCGCGAUCGCCCGCUCAGAUCCAAUCAAUGAUCAGUGACAUCAGAGAUCUGCUGUCCAAUGCCACACUCCUCCAGGGUGACCUGAACAGCCUGCAGGAGCAGGCCCGAACUGCCCGGGACCUUCUGCAGAAAGCUCAGGAACUCAAGGACAAGACAAAGGACAUCAAUACGACAGAGAUCAGCAGAGACAUUUAUAAAGCAGAGGAAGCUCAGAACAAAGCCAACAACAACCUGGAGACGGCCAGCGGAGACAGAGACAUGAUCAAAGACCGGAUCCGAGACAUCAAAGACAAACUGGGAGACGCCGAGACGAAGCUGACGGCCCAUCGACCCGAACAUCUGCAGAGGGACAUUGAAGCUCUGAAGAAGAAAAGUGAACAGAACAGAGAGAUGGCCCGAGAGGCGCAGGAGGCGGCUCGAAACGCCACAGACGCAAAAACCGAGCUGGACGACGUGAUGGAGCGGUUCAAGGUUUUAAAGCAGAGGAACGCGAAUCAGACGGAUCAGGGUGAAGCCGGAGAACGACUGAAGAACAUCACGAAGGAGGCGGAGAACCUGAGGAGACAGGUGGAGGACAGACUCAGACAGAUACAAGGUCUGGAGGAGAAGAUCCAGCAGCUGAUCAGAAGUAAAGAGGAGAAAUCGGCUGAAGUCUCCAGGUUGUUGGAAACGGUCGAUUCGCUUCGACAGGAAAUCUCCAGACGAGCCGAGGGAUACGCCAGCUGUACCUCAUAAAGCUCCUCGAAGUCCUCAGUACGAAACACGAAUCUGAGGAGAUUUGCUUGUUUUUUUUAUUCAUGUGGAUUUUUCCAAGUUCCAAGAAUAUUUGACAUUUAUCCAGUAAAACAUCUUCUGAUGUGUAGAAAUACAGGAGAGAACAGUGUUUCAUGCCUCGUGUUAUUUCUUCUUCUUUCAGAAUGAAAACAUUGAAAAUGCAUAUUCAGGUGUUUGUUUACUACCUGUCGUCUCUUUGCAUCUGAGGAGCUCAGUGAUAUAAAAAGCUUCAUUUUUCUUUCUCUUUUCUCUUGUUCCCUGAAAAAUCAGAAAUGUUCCAGGUUUUUCUUCCAUGUUCUGAAGAGUUUGUUCAUUUGUCCCCAGCAGCUGAAGUUCUGUCUCUGUCCAGCAGAGGGCGCCCCCCCUCACUCCUGACACUCCACACAGUAUCAGAGGGAAGUGACCUGUAAACUCACUUUGAUCAGAUUCAAGAAUCAGAAAGAACCAAUCAGAGCUUUGAUCACUGAUCAGUUAGGAGCUGAUAACUCUGUGUGUGUGUGU